AUGGGUUACGAGGUCGAGGCAAAAAUUAUUAAAGUUUAUGCAAACAUGUUACUGUCUAAACUGGUAGAUAGAAAAGCAAAGAGAUUUGGAACUUGUGAGGAGGCAAGCUUCAAAAUAAAAAGAGAACUCAAUGAGCCCAUCAUACAAAAGAGAGUAAAUAACAUGAUUGAUACCCUAGACAAAAAAUAUGGAGGUGAAGCAUCUGGUGCCACUGCUUCCACCGGUACAAGUGAACAAACAUGGGCCAAAUCAAACAAAGAUGAAGAACAAACAAGAGAAAAUAAGAAAAUGUCAAAGGCAAAACCCAAGGGUACUGCAUCCAGCAAGCCAACAACAUACACAAAAGAAAAUGAUUCAGAUACUCCUACAUCUUCCCCCAUUAAAGGGAAAUGGAAAACAACCCUGGCUAUUGAGAAAGAGCAUGGGAUAAAACCACUCAUGAAAGUGCAACAUGAUUUAGAUUUUGAUCAAGCUUCACCAGUGGUGGAAGCAUGUAUUCAACACUUUAAAAUAAGGAAUAGAAUAGGGAGAGUGGUUGUAGGAGAAAUUGAAGUUGUACAUGAAGAGGGUGUUGCAUUGUGGAAAACAAUCAUGAGCCAGCAAAAGGAAGCUGAAGAAGAAAUAGCAAAGAGAACAAAACAGGACCAAGGUGCAACUGCCUUUGACAAAGAGAAAGGUAAAGAAAAAGACUCUGCUGAAGGUUUUGAUGUUUUCACAAUUGAGGAUAUCAUAGGUAAUGUUGUGUUAGAUAUUCCUAAUCUGACAAAGGAUGUUGAGCAACCGGUCAAACCCAAAUCAACUGUUGAUAUUGAUGUUACACCGAAAAAAGGUGCAGAGGAAGAAAAUAAAGUGGAAAGUAAGAAAUCAGUGGUGGACACUCCUCUGGUAAAAAGGAAGUUAGAUUUAGAAAAGGAGAGUGAAAAGAAGAAAGCAAAACUCACCACCACAGCCAGCUCCGAGGUUGAGGCUGAAGAAAAGGAAGAAGAAAUAGAGGAGGAAGAAGAGGAAGACUCUGUAAUCGGCAUAUAG